UCCGCACGGCAUGCUGGGAGUCCGUGAAUGGGAAGUGAGAGCUGAGGAGCGGAUGAGUGAGAGCUGCAGGCUUCUUUGUGCUGAAUCUGUCACCAUCCACCAUGGCUUCACCGAAUAAGGCUCUUGAACUGCAGUUACAAAUGAAGCAAAAUGCAGAAGAGCUUCAGGAUUUCAUGAGAGAGUUGGAGAGCUGGGAAAAGGAUAUAAAAGAAAAAGAUUCCUCCCUGAGAACGCAGACUGGUGCAAGUGAAGAGACAUUACCACCUAUCAGAAACAAAGACUACAGAAAAAAGAAAAAGUGCAAAAGCAAAGAUUCAACUGAAAAGAAACACGAAAAGAGCAAAAAGCCAAAACGAAAAUUACUUGAUUAUGAGUACUGGGACAAGAUGGAUGUGGAAAAAGCACUACAAGAGAUUGAUAAAGAAGACAACACAAAUGAAUCUGUGUCCACAGAGUCUGAUUCUGCAGAUGAUGAUGGAAUAGUCAUUGACAAAGAAAAUGCUCUGUCAGAGAAGGAAAAGGGAAAUAAUUAUUUUAGAGCUGGAAAUUACGAUGAAGCUGUGCAGUGCUAUACAAGAGGCAUGAAUGCAGAUCCGUAUAAUGCAGUAUUACCAACCAACCGAGCAUCCGCUUUCUUUAGGUUAAAGAAAUAUGCUGUUGCUGAAUCAGACUGCAACCUGGCUAUCGCACUAGACCGCAAUUAUUUAAAAGCUUAUGCUCGAAGGGGAGCUGCUCGCCUCGCUAUAAAGAAUUUGCAAGGAGCAAAAGAAGAUUAUGAAAAAGUCCUGGAGCUUGAUUCAAACAACUUUGAGGCUGUGAAUGAACUUAAAAAAAUAAACUGUGAGUUACAGGCAUCAGGUAUUACUCCACAGCAAAAGGAAGAAGUAAAAGAAAAUGAAAUCGUUUUAUCUGAAGAAGACAAAAAAGCCAUAGAAGCCCAGAAACUGAAGCAGCAAGCAAUCGUACAGAAAGACUUGGGCAAUGCUUACUUUAAGGAAGGAAAAUAUGAGGCUGCUAUUGAGUGCUAUUCUCAAGGUCUUACAGCAGACAGUACAAAUGCACUGCUACCAGCAAAUCGAGCAAUGGCAUAUCUGAAAAUUCAAAAAUACAAGGAGGCUGAGGAAGACUGCACACAAGCCAUAGCUCUAGAUACAACGUAUGGGAAAGCUUAUGCCAGAAGAGGGACUGCAAGAAUAAUGCUUGGAAAGCUAAAGGAAGCAAAAGAAGAUUUUGAAAUGGUUUUAAAAUUGGAACCUGGUAACAAACAAGCAGUAUCCGAACUGGCAAAAAUAUCUCAGGAACUUGGUGAGAAAGUAGUAAUACCCAUUCAGAAUGAUUUUGUCGGUGAAAAUAAAGGAAAAGAUCACAGGAACUAUGUAAGGCCAAUAGAAAAACCUGCACAUCUGAGAUCUACAAAACCUUUAAGAAGGAUGGUAAUUGAAGAGGUUGGAGGCGUAACCAUAAAUCCAGGAAAUAUUUUGACCGAAAGCACUCCUUGUAAUUUGAAUAUUGUCAGCCAAGUUGAGGAGCCUAGUAAAGAGGAUCUGAAAGUUCAAGAACAAAUCUCCACAUCUCCUGAUAUUCCCAGUGCUAAGAUGAUGAAGAUAGAAGAAAUUAGUGAUGUGCCAACCCCACAGAGCAAUAUAGACAACUAUGUUCUGCCUCCAACACCACAGCCAAAAGCAAUAGAUGAUACGCCCCCAUUAUUGCCACCCUUGACCACUGACAUUCCAGGUGUCCCUACAAAUUCAUUUCAGCUUGAGGCAGAUUUCAGGAGACUGAAGGGCAACCAGGAAAUGUUAUACAUGUACAUGAAGCAAAUUGAACCUUCUUCAUACACUAAAAUCUUCCAAAAAGCUUUAGAUCCAGAUGUGUUUAAUGAAAUGAUAAAGAUCCUGCGGCUUAAAUACAUUGAGAAUGAAGAUGCAGCUAAGGUUUUGGAAAUUUUACAAAGAAUGUCUGAGAUUAGGAGAUUUGAUAUGGCAGUGAUGUUUUUGUCAGAAACAGAGAAAGAAGAUGUGCGUACCUUGUUUACUUAUAUAGAACAGUCACUAAAGACAAGUCAUUCUUGUGAAGCCCUAAAAAAGAAAUAUGGCAUCUGAAAAUCAAAAUCAAAACAAGAAAUAUAUGUAAAAGGCAGUUAAUAAGAUUAAAGCUUUUUGGUAAAAAAAAUGAUGGACUCUGUAUAAAUCCUGUACAAAAUAAAUCCAUUUUUUUGUACC